GCCAGGGUUACUGUUGCCGUUGCCAGAGGAGGCACAAUACAGUUUGAUGUUUUUGAUUACGACAAUACAGUGCAGAACGGUUCAAAGUCAUGACGGUGACAUUUAGUCGAGUGGAUUUUUCCAGAUGGAAGAAAGAGCCUGAGCUACAAUAUGAAACUCCCUUCCAUUUCCAUAGCGACGACCUCCCCAACGCGCCUUCCCUCCGCUGCGUCCCCUAUCAAGCAGUCAACAUUGCCGCUCAUCUCCGCAGCCUCCGACCAGCCACCGCGCACCAGUCAUCAGGUCAUUCCGAGACUGAACCCCCUGCGUCCACCGGCAGGCAGUACAUGCGGCGUUAGUCUGGAGACACGUGCUGUUCAUCAACACAACCAACACAGAACGUCCAUCAUGCAGAGACGAGAGUAUAACAGGUAUCACCAAGUAUGGCAAAAACCUUUUUACGGAACCAGCAUGGAGAAAGAAGAAUACAGGAGGGACUUACGUGAGCAUCUCAAGAGGCAAAUGGAGGAGAAACGCAUCCCGCUGAGUCUGCGGUUGUCCGGCAGGGCGAAGGAAGGGGAGGAUCUGCGUGAGGUGGACCGCCUUGCCCGAUCUACUGAACUCCAGCAACGGCUGCAACACCGCAAGGCCAUGGCGGCCUAUAGAGAUGAUAACAAGAAGCUGAUGGAGCAGAAGUGGCAAGACAGUGCACUGGCACGCUCCCGGGACAUCCUGAGGGAGAAGUACAGGCUCCGCCUCAACCCCAUCAACUGGACCGGAACGCUUAAAUAGAGCCACCACUCGCCAUGAACACGACCAACUCGAGAUUUACAUACAGCGCCGGGUAAAAUAAGGACACCUAAGUAAAACUAUUGUUAAAAUGAAACCAUUCAAAUUCUAACUUAACAUGUCAAUUGACCCAUCGCCAAUUCAAUUCCUCCGAUAGCUGACCAACAGAACUUCACCCUAAAACAGGAAGUUGCUCCUGAGCUCCGGACU